UCAGAAUGAUUACGUCUCCGUGACUGCUAGUACCCCGGGCUCGCCUGAAAACGACCCGGGAGGCAGUGAGAUAGACCGAUGAUGUGACUUCUGAUCAAAAACCUGUUUGAUUUCGUUACUAGGGUCUAUCCUCACUCAUUGCUCAAGAUGGGAGCGUAUCGUUAUGUACAGGAAUUGUACCGCAAGAAGCAAAGUGAUGUUAUGCGAUAUCUGCUGCGUGUUCGCGUCUGGCAGUACCGUCAACUGACCAAGUUCCACCGUGCUCCCAGACCAUCCCGACCGGAUAAAGCUCGCCGUCUCGGAUACAAAGCAAAGCAAGGUUUUUCGAUCUUCCGUGUGCGUGUGCGUCGUGGAGGCCGCAAGCGCCCGGUUGCCAAGGGUUGCACCUAUGGUAAACCCAAAAGUCAUGGUGUUAACCAGCUGAAGCCAUACCGUUGUCUGCAAUCGGUUGCCGAGGAACGUGUUGGCCGUCGUGUUGGUGGACUACGAGUACUCAAUUCGUACUGGGUUGCCCAGGAUGCUGCCUACAAGUACUACGAGGUUAUCAUGGUCGAUAUCGCCCACAACGCUAUCCGGCGCGAUGCCAAGGUUAACUGGAUCUGCCAGGCCGUUCACAAGCACCGUGAGCUGCGUGGUCUCACGUCGGCUGGCAAGAGCAGCCGUGGUUUGGGCAAGGGCUACCGCUAUGCACAGACCAUCGGAGGUUCGCGUCGGGCUUGCUGGCGCCGGCGCAAUCGUCUGCACAUGCGCCGUUAUCGUUGAUUGGUUAAGUAAGAGGAUCAGUAUAUUCUGUCCUGUUUACGAGCAUUGCAUUACUACAUUAUGCAAAUGGAUACCGUUUGCAUAGUUGAAAAUGAAUAUAAAAAUUGGAGAAAAAAUGUUGAUGUUU